AUCUACGGCUAUGUACAAAGCAGUUGGUAGUCAGACUGUUGGAUUUGCCGUUGUGGCAUAGCUUGCGAAUGAAGUGAAAACCCUAUACCGACCGGAUUCCAGUCUACCUUACGGCACCGUUCAUUCUCCGUUUCCUAUUCAACGGACGACAGCAAAAUGCUCGCAGACAAUUGUCUGAGCAAACUAACACAUGCCCGAGGAUUUGCACCAAUGAAUAGGAUCAUACCAUUAUGUGUGGAAACUUUUUCUGAAGGAGGCACAAGGGGCCGUGGCACGCAUUAACAACGCACAGUUGACUCAUUUGAAAACCAGAGAUUACAAAACAAAAAAGGGUGGAAACGUUGCGUAGCCGUCUCCACAUCCGCUUGGCGUCACUUGAUGGAGUGAUCAGCGAUGUCGCGGUUCUGAUUGUGUGAGUUCCCCCAGUCCCGGAGAUGGUUGCUGCUCGUCCAGUCUCUGAAAUGAUCGCUCCUGCGUGCAAGACUGUAGCGGUGUAGCUCUAUAGCGAAGAGAGACAACUGAUCAAUAUCGGCUGGAGUGAGUGCAGCUCUUUAGGGUAGCAUGAACAGAGAGAGAGAGGCGGGACGGUCCAGGUGAAGGCGGGGCCUCUGAUCCACACCUGCUUCCUGCCACACCCGCUGGGACACAAGGACGGACGGACGGACGGACAAGCGGACGGAUCAGGCUGGGAAGAAUGGCCCGGAACAUCACCUUCGACUUCAUUACCCCCCGUCGCUUGGAGACCACCAUGGAGAGCCCGCUGGACGAGGACGGCCUGCAUGACUCCUUCAGCCAGCUGAUCGAGGAGCAGAGUCACGGCCUGGCCCCGGGGACUGUGGCCCUGGAGAUGGAGGACCUGACCGACGAGCAGCGAGAUCGCUUGACCUACCUGCGGGGUGCUACCGUGGAGGGGCGUGGCCAGGGCAGAGGGCGGGGCCGGGAGGACGGCAGGGUGACUGACCCACUUAUGGAGGGGCGCUGGUCCUCUGACACACUGCGUGUGCUGUCCUCCAUGCCCAGCCGCACCAUUGGUCGCAGUCGCGGUGCUAUCAUCUCUCAGUACUAUAACCGCACCAUGCAGCUGCGCAGACGACGGCAGACGCGGCCUUCCAUCCGGGACUUGUCCCGCUCCGCCCGCCCCAGUAUCCGUGGUUACGGCAUGUCCGACGUCAGCGAGGAGGAAAGCAAGAAGGACCAGCUGGUGAAUAACCUGCAGAAUCUGUCUCUGAGUGACCGCAUACGCAUGCUUCGCGCGAUGCCUCUCAGUGUGGCCGAGAAGAGCGAACUCAGGAGACGGGUGCACAAUUUCAAGGAGGGUCGUCCCAUCACCAGCGGCCAGAUCUCCUGCUUCAGCCGCCUCAAGUAUUACUUCAUCAUUGCUCUGAGGCAGGGCUGGUACAGCUGGCUCUCCUUCCUGCACGCCCUGCAGCCGUGGCAUGUGGCGCUGAAGCGAGUCAGCGGGCGCUUUGGCACCGGAGUGCUCUCCUACUUCGACUUCCUCAGGACCCUCCUGCUCUUCAACGUCUUCCUCUUCCUCGUGUACGGCUGCUUCCUCGUCAUCCCACAGGCCAUCCACCCCCCAAGCACUCACGGCACCACCCUCCUAUUCACUGGCCUGGAGCUGCUCACAGGGGCGGGCUUCUUCAGCGACACGGUGAUGUUCUACGGCCACUACUCCAACGAUACCCUCAGCUCCGGCUCCAGCUCCGGCUUCCCGCCGGCCCACAAUGACACGGGGAGCCUGUCCUACAACAUGCCACUGGCAUACUUCUUCACCAUCGGAGUCAGCUUCUUCAUCACCUGCAUCAUCCUCGUGUACAGCAUGUCCAAGUCGUUCGGGCGGAGUUUCCACAUCAGCAAUUCCCACGGCCUGGCAGCCAAGGUGUUCUCCUCCUGGGACUUCAAAGUCAUCAAGAGGAGCUCCGUCAAACUGCAGUCUGAGAAUAUCUGUACUCAGCUGAAGGAGCUGCUAUCGGAGGUGAGCCGCAGAGAGAAGAGGAAGGACCUGGUGCACAGGCUUUGGCGGUUGGCAGUGCAUGCGAUGGCGUGGGUCAUGUGUUUGGGCAGCACGGUGGGCUGUGCCUUCGCCGUGUACCAGUUCUCCGAGCACAUGCACCAGGCCCAGGAGAACAGGACCAAGGAGGAGAGGACCCAGGCCAGGCCCAGCCUGCCGAGGCCCCAGGAGCAGGAGGCCAGCCUGCUGGCCCUGCCCGUGGUGGUGUCCUCCUUCAACCUGCUGCUGCCCGGCUUCUUCAACACCGCGGGCUGGAUGGAGGAGUACGACUCCAUCAGCGUGCGCACUUACGUCGCCAUCUUCAGGAACCUCCUGCUCAAAGUGAGUUUGCUCGGAGUCCUGUGCUACCAUUGGCUGGGGAGGAUCGCAUCGAAACCUGAUGCCCUCGGCCUGCAGUGCUGGGAGAGCUUUGUGGGGCAGGAGCUGUAUCGGUUCCUCCUGAUGGACUUCAUCUUCAUCCUUAUGGACACCUUCUUCGGGGAGUUCCUGUGGAAGUUGUUCUCUCAGAAAGCUUUGAAGAGGAAGAGGAAGCCGGAGUUUGACAUCGCUCGCAAUGUCCUGGAGCUCAUCUAUGGACAGACUCUGGCCUGGUUGGGCGUGCUGUUUUCUCCUUUACUUCCUGCUAUGCAGAUUGUGAAGCUGCUCCUGUUGUUCUACAUUAAAAAGGCCAGUCUGAUGCUGAACUGCCAGGCCCCGCGCAGGGCUUGGAGAGCCAGUCAGAUGAGCACCGUCUUCAUCACCCUGCUCUGCUUCCCCUCCUUCCUGGGAGCUGCCGUGUCCGUGGCCUACACCAUGUGGAUGCUCCGCCCCUCCGGGGCCUGUGGACCCUUCCGGGGCCUCACCACCAUGUUCCAGGCGGGGAAGCAGUGGAUGCAGCAGAGGAGCAGUAACCUGGGCUGGCUCACCGGGGUGCUCAGCUUCCUGCUGGAGAAUCCGCUGUUCCUCUUCAUCGCUGCCGGAGUCUUCCUGAUGGUGAUAUAUUUCCACACACAGGUGCUGGACGGCCAGAGGAAAGUCAUCAGUCUCUUACAGGAGCAGAUAGAAAACGAGGGAGAGGACAAGAAGUUUCUGAUUACCAGACUGCAGAACCUUCAUGAACAGCGACGCCCAUUUUCAGUGCAUAGAAGGACAGAGAGAGUCAAAGAGGAGCCCGCUUAAGGUUCACCGCAGAAGAACUCGCUGCCAAAUCGACGGAAUCAAAGGGCUCGGGGAAGCACCUUUACGAUAAGCUUUAUUCUGCACCGGUGUACAUUUGGACAAAACUGGAAGCCAUUGGUCCACACGAGCCAAUCAAAACAGACCAGAGAGCAGGACACAAGAACUCUGUGGAAUGAAAACCACUUUGUCAAAGUUUCAUCAGAGGGAGUCGGCUUUCCCGUGAUCGCUUUUUAAAGGAGUGUUUUUAAAAGGAACGCGUGUGUCAGGACCUGGAAUUCCUGGUCGGGAGGUCCGAAAUACGGAACGGAAUGACUAUAUACUGCUGACUGGUAACAAACAGGUGUCUCCCACCGCUUGGAAUGUACCAACUGUCAUUUUAAACUUGAUUUUAGACAGAUUAUAAUGUGCAAGAGUCGCAUUUCUGCUUCUGAGAACCUUCUGUUCUCUGUGGUUAUCUGGGCUUUACAGGGAUCGUUCUGGACCAACUACUGCAUGUGUAGGCUACAUAAGCCUGCUGUAUUUAUGUUUUUAUUCCACGAGUUCUGUGGUAUUUUUACAUUUUAAUUUUUAAAGAACUGUACUGUGAGCUGUAAAUAAAUUUCCUUUUUUGUGUUCAAGUUCCA